AUUCACCGAGUUCCAGGGCAGGGGAACUUGUGUUAUGGAGGAGCCGGCUUGUGUUGCUGGCACCAUGGAGUCACCUUUUAGCCUCGGACUCUCUCACAAGCCGGAUGAGGACUGGGGGGGAAAAACCUUUAUUCAAUGUUUUUCAGUUAAAGAUAUUAAGACAGAGCCUCAGCCACUUUCUCCAGCCUCCUCAAGUUGUUCAGUCUCAUCUCCUCGGUCAGUGGACUCUUAUUCUUCAACUCAGCAUGUUCCUGAGGAGUUGGAUUUGUCUUCUAGUUCCCAGAUGUCUCCCCUUUCCUUAUAUGGUGAAAGCUGUAAUAGUCCCUCUUCAGCAGAGCCACUGAAGGAAGAUAAGCCUGUGAUUGGUCCUAGGAAUAAAACUGAAAAUGGACUGACUCCAAAGAAAAAAAUUCAGUUGAAUUCAAAACCUUCAAUUCAGCCCAAGCCUUUAUUGCUUCCAGCAGCACCCAAGACUCAAACAAACUCCAGCGUUCCAGCGAAAACCAUCAUUAUUCAGACACUACCAACACUUAUGCCAUUGACAAAACAGCAGCCAAUUAUCAGUAUACAACCUGCACCCACUAAAGGUCAGACCAUUUUGCUCUCUCAGCCUGCUGUGGUACAACUUCAGGCACCUGGAGUUCUGCCCUCUGCUCAGCCAGUCCUUACUGUUGCCGGGGGAGUCACACAGCUACCUAAUCACGUGGUGAACGUGGUACCGGCUCCUGUGGCAAGUAGCCCAGUGAAUGGAAAACUUUCCGUGACUAAGCCUGUCCUGCAAAGUACCAUGAGAAGUGUGGGUUCAGAUAAAAAUUUCUAUGAUAAAUAUGAUCAUUCUGUUUCGAAUGACAAAGCCCUGAUGGUGCUGACUGAAGAACCACUGCUUUAUAUUCCUCCACCUCCUUGUCAACCCCUGAUUAACACAACAGAAUCUCUCAGGUUAAAUCAUGAACUUCGAGGGUGGGUUCAUAGACAUGAAGUAGAAAGGACCAAGUCAAGAAGAAUGACAAAUAAUCAACAGAAAACCCGUAUUCUUCAGGGUGCUCUGGAACAGGGCUCAAAUUCUCAGCUGAUGGCUGUUCAAUACACAGAAACCACUAGUAUCAGCAGGAACUCAGGGAGUGAGCUACAAGUAUAUUAUGCUUCACCCAGAAGUUAUCAAGACUUUUUUGAAGCCAUCCGCAGAAGGGGAGACACAUUUUAUGUUGUGUCAUUUCGAAGGGAUCACCUGCUGUUACCAGCUACCACCCAUAACAAGACCACAAGACCAAAAAUGUCAAUUGUAUUACCAGCAAUAAACAUAAAUGACAAUGUGAUCAAUGGGCAGGAUUACGAAGUGAUGAUGCAGAUUGACUGUCAGGUGAUGGACACCAGGAUCCUCCACAUCAAAAGCUCAUCAGUUCCUCCCUACCUCCGAGAUCAGCAGAGGAAUCAAACCAACACCUUCUUUGGUUCCCCUCCAGCAGCCACGGAGGCAACCCAUGUUGUCAGCACCAUCCCUGAGUCGUUACAGUAGUACCUGUGGCUAUGUUGGCAAACUAAGAGCGGUACCCCGCCAAACCGAAGAGCGGGUGAGAGAAGUGCUGCUUUUUCUGCCUUCUUGGUGACAGGUAGAGAACUGCCUUGUGCUAGAAUUCAAGGGGGAAAGAGAGAAAAAAAGCUGCUGCUCCGUUUUUGACCAUCUACCCACCUACUUGGAAAGCACUGAGAUUUAGACACAAGAAAACAGCAUUUCUUCAGUGGCAAAUGUAACCCUGCAUCCUCCAGUGUUACCUAUUGUACCUCUCUAAACCGCUACACCCUUUGUAUUUGUUUUGUGUUUAAAUAGUGAUCUUCUUUCAAAUAAGAUCCACCUCCCCUUUCUGCCACUU